AUGAAUCGUUACCAAAGUAUAAAACAAUUAGGCGAUGGUACUUAUGGCUCAGUAGUAUUGGCCAGAAAUUACGAUACAGGAGAAACUGUUGCUAUUAAGAAAAUGAAGAGAAAAUAUUACUCUUGGGAAGAAUGUAUGAACUUGAGAGAAGUCAAGUCAUUACGGAAGCUCAAUCAUACUAAUGUUGUACGCUUAAAAGAAGUUAUACGAGAAAGUGAUCAUUUAUAUUUCGUUUUUGAGUAUAUGAAAGAAAAUUUGUACCAACUUAUGAAGAAAAGAGAUAAACUAUUUCCAGAACGCGUUAUUCGUAACAUUUCAUAUCAAAUUUUGCAAGGUCUAGCCUUCAUGCACAAACAAGGAUUCUUUCACCGUGACAUGAAACCUGAAAAUUUACUUUGUACUGGUUCAGAAAUUAUUAAAAUUGCCGAUUUCGGUUUAGCAAGGGAGACGCGAUCGCGGCCACCCUACACUGAUUACGUCUCGACUCGUUGGUACCGGGCUCCUGAAGUUCUUUUACAUUCGACCAACUAUAGUUCUCCGAUAGAUAUGUGGGCCCUCGGUUGUAUUAUGGCAGAAAUGUAUACAUUACGUCCACUAUAUCCUGGUACCUCUGAAGUAGAUGAAAUAUUUAAAAUAUGUACUGUACUGGGUACCCCAUCGAAGGAGGACUGGCCAGAAGGGUAUAAAUUGGCUUCAUCGAUCAAUUUUAAGUUUCCACAAUUGGUACAGACACCACUUAAAAAUAUCAUUCCUAAUGCAAGUCCUGAGGGUCUACAUUUAAUUCGAGAAUUACUCAAUUGGAAUCCCGAUAAACGGCCAACUGCUGGCCAGGUAAUUCUAAUUUCAAUUACUAAUCAUACAUAA